ACUCCAAAGGGUUGGCGGCUAAACAACAACAACAACAACAACAACAACAACAACAACAACAACAACAACAACAACAACAACAACAACAACAACAACAACAACAACAACAACAGCAACAGCAACACAUUCAGACCAGCACAGCCCGCAAUGCCGUUCGCAUCGCUCACCCACAAGGCCAUAACUAAAGUCGCUACAGGCCUGCCGGCCUCGUCAGCUCAGAGUCAGCAGUUGAUACACACGAUGCUCACAAUGUCCUUUGGUUGUAUCGCCUUCACGCGUGGAUUGUUCCCUGAUAACAGCUUUGCUGACCAGAGAUUCGUGCCAAACAAGUUCGAAGAGGACUACGAUCCAACUGAUCCAGACGUGAAGCUCAAUUCCCUUCGCGUGAAGACGUUGGUGAGAGGCAGGUCGUCUCAUGUUGACCAGUUCUUGGACUGGAUAGAUGAAGGGAUCCUCGACGCUUUGAAGAGAAACUACUUGAAAGGGCUGGUGCUCGGUAUAUUCUUAGACGAGUCCAGGCCAGACGAUCUACACGAGGCUUACUCGUUCUCAUUCGAUUCCAAUGAAGAUACAGUCAAGCUUGACAUGAGCACUGCUGGUGCAAGUGAAACCAUCACGUUGUUGAGUGCAAGACAGACACUUCAACAUCUUAUGGAGCGGCUCGUCAAAUUGACCCAGGCAUUGGACAAAUUGCCGGAGACCAAGUUCGUCGCACUUAGAAUGCUAUUCAGCGAUGACUGCCCAAAAGAUUACCAGCCUAGCGGUUUUAAGGACGCUAGUGAUGCUCCAGCGGCCACAGUUAGGGUCAAAAAGCCAUCGUUGGAAGGCUGCUCUGCUGGUGCUUUAAACACUGGCUGUCACAAGUACGCUCUAGAAACCCCCCAGCCGUUACACAUUGCUUUGUAGAACUUUCCACUAACAUGAUAAUAGGACAGUGCUAAAUGUACUAAGUGUUGCAGAAGGUACUCCAACAACUGGUGUAAUUCGAAUGGACCCCUUUGAAGUUCCAGAGUUGGACAAGCCUCUUGAAGGGCAUGUUCAGUUUCCUACAGUAAGAUACCCUUCUCUAGAGCCGAGUCAAACAACGGCUAUUCUCAAACAGUUCUUAGGAGGUGGAAAUAACGAGUCUGUUAUCCCGACACAGCACCUUGGGAGGUUUACUUGUGAAUGUGGUUGUAAGGAGAAGUUUGGAGGAUACGCCCUCAACAGUGUACAAUGCUCAGCAUGCGGUGCACGCGUCCAUAGGGUCUGUUACAGCCUAACAGUGAAAGAUUUACUCCCAACUUGCUACACAUGUCGUUCACGCAAUAUGGGGCAA